AUGACGUUGACACUUUUUGGCCUCAACGAUAGCAGCCUCUACUUGGUACUUACCUACCACCAAUACAAAUUUACCUACUUCAGUAACAACCUGGCCUCUACCUUGACUCUCUGCCUAGACACAUCACUCGCUAGAUCGCUUCUUCGUUCCCUAUACUCGUCUACAGUGUCAGAAUGGCUACCGGAGCUCCCCCAGACUACUGUGAACUCUCCAACAACCCCACCAUGGAAUGCGCCGACAGCUAACACGGCGAAUACUUCAGAUGCCAUCCUUGAGGUCUCUGAGACGGCCACCACUCAGCAGAUCCGCGAUGCCUACAAGCGUGCUGCCUUGAAGACGCACCCCGAUCGCGUCGCCAGCACCUCCCCAGACCGAGCCGAACGAACCCGCAAGUUCCAGCUCGUCAACGACGCCUACUAUACCCUCUCCGAUAACAACCGCCGUCGCGAGUACGACGCCCAGCGCAAGCUCUUCAACACGAGCACCCCGGCCGACCCCUUCGAGGAGGACAUCCCCGAGGGCGAGGAGGGGGCGGCGCCCGAGAGCGCAUACUCAUGGGCGUGGAACUUCUUCACCAAACAGGCCGGCGGGGCCAACGCGCAGGACCGUGAGCAGACGGAGAAUGCCCAGUUCAGCGACGUGUUUGAGGAGAUGAUGCGGGAGGAGGGCAUGGCUGAGGGAGGGGAUAACCACCCCACAGGCAAGUUCUGGGGCAUGCUGGGCGGCGUGAGCGGCGGCGCCCUGGGCUUCAUCGUUGCCAACGUGCCGGGCAUGGUAGCUGGCGCCGUGGCGGGAAACAGGCUAGGGGCCAUCCGAGAUGCCAGGGGCAAGAGCGUAUAUGCCGUGUUCCAGGAACUUCCUCAGGAUGACAGGGCCAAGCUGUUGAGCCAGCUGGCCAUAAGGGUGUUCAGCCAUGCUGUUGGUAUUUGA